AUGGCUGAUUAUUGGAAGAGUACAGCUAAAUAUCAUUGUAAAUAUUGCGAUAUAACCAUAAACGACGACGCACCGUCACGUGCACAGCAUGAGAAUGGAUUGAAGCAUAAAGGAAAUAAAGAUAAGUUCAUCAGAAAUAUCUAUAAGAGAUCACAGCAAGAUCAGAAAGAUAGAGCGUUUGAAGAGCGUGAAUUGAGGAGAUUAGAGGGUAUUGGCGGUGCUGCCAGUUCGAAAGAAACAGCGACGGGAUUAAAAAGUAGCGCCAAUAAACCGCCUACUAACAAAAGGGUUACAACUAAUAGAGAUCCAUAUGCAAAUUACUCCACCGCCAAAUCUCUGGGAUAUGAAGACGUACCUGUUACCCAGGAACCUACAACUGCACAGCAGGAAGCGAUCGUGGGUGGAUGGGAGGAAGUCGUCAUCGCACCAGCGGUGCAUAAGCGACCUCCAUCACCUCCACCUAACGUAGAAAAGGAGCCAGAUCUGAACAGCGUUAGGGGUACACCAACAAGUGAUAUAUACAUACCAGGCGACAACAAGAAUAAAGAGGAUAAAACAGAAAUAAAAUUUAAAAAGCGUAGAGUUAAAAAAUAA